UCGGCUCUUUUUCCCGUGCUGCACUGCGGGCUUUCUCUUCUUCUUCCGGUUCCAGGCGCUUGGCAGCUCCGGCCUACGGUGCAGGAAUGGCCAAGUCCAAGAACCACACCACGCACAACCAGUCCCGAAAAUGGCACAGAAAUGGCAUCAAGAAACCCCGGUCGCAAAGAUACGAAUCUCUGAAGGGGGUAGAUCCCAAGUUCCUGAGGAAUAUGCGUUUUGCCAAGAAGCACAACAAGAAGGGCUUCAAGAAGAUGCAGGCAAACAAUGCCAAGGCCAUGAGUGCACGCGCUGAGGCUAUCAAGGCCCUCCUCAAGCCCAAGGAGGUCAAGCCCAAGAUCCCAAAGGGUUUGAACCGCAAGCUCACUCGACUUGCCUAUAUCGCCCACCCCAAGCUUGGGAAGCGUAUCCGUGCCCGCAUUGCCAAGGGUCGCAGGCCUUGCCGGCCAAAGGCCCAGGCUCCAACCAAGGCCCAGGAUCCAACCAAGGCCCAGGAUCCAGCCAAGGCCCAGGAUCCAGCCAAGGUCCAGGAUCCAACCAAGGCCCAGGCCCCAGCCCAGGCUCAGGCCCCAGCCAAGGCCCAGGCCCCAGCCCAGGCUCAGGCCCCAGCCAAGGCCCAGGCCCCAGCCAAGGCCCAGGCCCCAGCCAAGGCCAAGGCUCCCAAAGGUGCCCAGGCCCCUGUGAAGGCUCCACAGUAAAAGCCUCUGUCUGUCCAUGUGAGGACAGAAGGACUGGUGUGACCCCUGGGCUGCCAUCUGUGGGGGGCUGGUGUCCUCUUGUACUCUGUACAAAUAAACCUGAGGUAGGAUCUGUUA